AUGGAAUUAACCAAAGCUAUAAGAUUUGGACAUGGCACGGAGAACCUUGGGAAUGGACUACUAAUGCAAGUCGAAAUGUGGAAGAAGAUGAGCAAAGUAGGCGAUAUUGGAUAUGAUCCUUACGAGUUUGCCAAUGUGAUUGGGAUGGAGAUUAACCCUUGUACCCUGGUUGCAGCAAAAUUAUUGAUACUUCAAGGAGAUUUGCUUCCAGGAGGAAAUACACUACCUUCCUCUAUGUACGAGGCAAAAAAGACUUUGUCUGCUUUAGGGACGAGUGGAAGCAAGCAAAGAUUCAAUCUUGAAAGAGGGUGUGCCAGCGAAGAUGGUGUGGUAUUUUAUGCCAUUCCAAGUUUUAAAAGGAUGUUUCAAUCACGUAAGACAGUUAAGAGUUUGACUUGGCAUGCUGCUAGAAAAUCAGUUGAAGGUCAUAUGCCUCAUCUAGGCGGAUUCCUCGUCUUGGAAACUUGUUGA